AUGAUCUGCCCAGGUAAACCACCGUGUGUUCCAAACAACAGUGGUUACAAGGAUUACCAGGGUUACGUCAAUUAUCCCGGAUAUCCUAAUUACCAGUCUCCAGCUGCACCAAGCUUUCAGCCUCAAGUAGUCCCCACUCCACCCCAGUACGUAAUGACUGCACCACCUGCCAAAGACGGCAAGGCCAUUCCAGUGAAAGCUCGACCAACAGCGGAGCAUGCUUCCACAAGGAAGGUGUCCACUGGGAAUCACACGGGAAACUCGGGUGCCUUGCCACAAACAAAGGAUUUAAUUUCAGAUGCGGACGAGUUCGCGGAAUAUAAUGGAACAGAACAAAGCUUUGCAGGGUACAGCUCUAAGCAAAAUGAAGAAAAGUACUAUAACAGUUCUACCAAACACGAAGACGACAAGGAAGAUUCUUCUGAGGAGGAUGACAACAAAGAAUCACAAAAGAAAGAACAAACAUCUUCUGAUGAACCAGAUUACAAGGACGAAAUCGAGAAAGAAGCUGUUGACCAAGCCAACAAAAGCACAAGAAAGUGUACAUUCUUACCUUUUUUCCUCCUUUUUUCGCAUUCUCUUUUCUCGUCAGCUUGUAGUGCAAAAAUCGACCUAGCUUUAUUGAUCGAUGGCUCUUCAAGUGUUGAAAGAUACGGCGUCGGAAACUUCCGAAGGAUUAUCGACUUUGUCCGAGGUCUCACGAUGGGCUUCGCAAUCUCACGAAGAAACACGCGAGUGUCCUUGAUAGUCUACGGAACAAGACCGAAAAUGAUCUUCAAUUUCCGCAGGUUAGUCCGGAGCAAAAUUAUUUCGUAUUUUGAACAUUUCAGAUACCGGAGUAACACGCGGUUGUUCACUGGGCUCAAUCGAGCCAUUUACUAUCCUCGGACUGGUGCAAGAACAGGGCGCGCUCUUAGCUACGCUUAUAGGAGGCUUUUCGUGAGAAGUCGACGCACCCGAUCUAACAAAGUUGCGGUAGUUAUCACUGAUGGCCGCUCGCUUGAUGACGUGCACACUAUUUCCAAGCAACUGAGAGCCCGCGGAGUCACGAUCUUCUCAGUAGGGGUGGGAAGGUACUUCAACGCAAGGGAACUUGAUUCUAUGGCAACUGAUCCCGACAAGACUCAUGUUUUCACGUCGGAUUUUAAGCAGUUGCAGUACAUCACCAACGAUCUCAAGAAAGCAAUAUGCUUGAGUAAGUGUUCUGCCUGCAGAGAUUCAGUUAAAGACUUCACACGUUUUUAGAACUUUUAGCUUGUG